AUGCCAGUACGUACCUAUUUUGACAUUAAUAUUGGUGGCCAACGUGAAGGGCGAAUAGUUUUUGAGCUGUUCGACAAUGUAGUACCAAAAACUGCCGAAAACUUUCGCGCCCUUUGCACAGGAGGUGAUUUCACAAGAGGCGACGGUACUGGUGGUGAAAGUAUUUACGGAGAAAAGUUUGAAGACGAGAAUUUUGAAUUUAAACACGAUCAACCUUUCCUCUUAUCGAUGGCGAACGCGGGAAAAGACACGAAUGGUUCACAAUUUUUCAUUACUACAAAUAAAACGGACCAUUUAGACGGAAAACACGUCGUCUUUGGCAAAGUCAUAAAGGGUAAAUCA